ACCAGACUAUUUCUUUAAUUUAAAACGAAAGGUCUUACUUCUAUUCUCGUCUUUGGUCUCUCUCUCAAUCCAACACUGACUGCACUCCUCUGUCUGUGGGUGUUUCGAUUUGCUGCGAUUCUCUGUUGGGAAAAGUCUAGUGGUUAUCAUUGCAUCUAUCAACUUGAAGAAAGAACAAUUUAUUGUCAACACACCUCUCUCAUCAUAGACAGCUUGAACUCUCUAUUGUGCUUGGAGUGAACACAUCUCUGGUUUUGUUGGCUGAAGUUUAUCAUUCAGAAUCUUUUGUCAUUCUUUUAUACACAGAUAGAAUUAUAAGUCAGCCGGAAAGGAAUGUUGGAGGAGUAAUAGAUGGGGAACUUGUUGGUGAAGAAACCCAAGAUCACCGAAGUUGAUAGAGCUAUUCUCUCUCUGAAGACCCAGAGACGCAAACUUGCUCAGUACCAACAACAGCUGGAGGCUGUAAUUGAAGCAGAAAAGCAAGCUGCAUGGGACUUGAUUCGUGAAAAGAAAAAGCAAAGAGCAUUGUUAGCAUUAAAGAAGAAAAAGGCACAAGAAGAAUUAUUAAAGCAAGUAGAUACCUGGCUUAUUAAUGUUGAGCAACAGUUGCAAGAUAUUGAACUAACAAGCAAGCAGAAAACUGUAUUUGAGAGUUUGAAGGCCGGUAAUAAUGCAAUUAAAGCUAUACAAAGUGAGAUCAACCUUGAGGAUGUUCAAAAGCUAAUGGAUGAUACUGAUGAAGCGAAAGCUUACCAAGAUGAAAUUAAUGCAAUCUUGGGGGAGAAAUUGUCAACAGAAGAUGAAGAUGAAAUUUUAGCAGAAUUUGAGAACUUGGAAGCUCAGAUCACUGUUCAAGAUCUGCCUGAAGCACCUUCUUCGGAACCAUCCCUUGAAGAAGAUGAGAAGUUGGACCUUCCAAAUGUACCAACCAAAGCGCCAGUUUCUGCCAAAACUAAAGUUACGGAGGAACCGCUGUUGGCUUGAUCAACUCAUAACAGUUACAUGUAGCUUGCCAUUCCUCAAACUUUUACAAAUUUCAGUUUUAUCAUCCCUUCUGCGAAGUGCAAACCAUGGUGCGUGUAUAUAACUAUUUAUGGAUUAUAAUUCUGUCAAGUUUGAUU